AUGGCUACCACACCUCAAUGGGCGCAACAGCAGUGCGAGCAGAUGUCAACCAAUGGGUAUUUCUGGCAGAACGAGGGACCCUCACGCACCGCUAUGGCCUUUGCACCCCCCCGGUGGAUGUCCCGCCGGACAACGAGCAGCGACCACAUCAUGGCCCUGCCACUGCUGCACGAGCUCACGCGGCCCAUCACCCUGCGCUUGCCCAGCCCCAGGACCGCGUCGCAUGCGCACGAUGAUCCUGGGGUCUGCAUGCGCGACUAUGCAUACGUGCACGAUGCGGUGCCCGCUCAGGCCCCGACGCACCGCGCGUUUUCCAACCCUGGCGCCCCGUUCUCCCUGCAGUCCAGGACAUCGACCAACAUCUUGCAGUACAACCUUGUCAGCGCGCGCAACGGCAAUGGCAACGGCAACGGCAGAUCGAGCAGCGGCAGCAGCGGCAGUGGCAUGGAUGCGCUCCCGGGCCUGUGGCAGAUGAUUGGCACGUUGCGGCCGCAGUCAAGGAGGGAGAGGUCACGCGUGCACGAGAAAGAGCGAGAGCGGACUGCGCGGGAGCAGGACCGGCAGGCGAUGGCCAUUAACAACCCACUGCCACAGGCAUACAACCCGCCGGCGCAGGCACCAGAGCUUGUCAGGCGCGAGCGAGAGCGGGAGUCUCCUUUGGAGCGUCAACGCAGAUCGGGCGCGGGGACGCCGCUGGAACGCUUGUUCAAGAAGCGCUUCUGGACCCGCCAGUCGGGGAGCAGCAGCGGCAUCCCCGACAUCAUGGUGGAGUCGCCAACCACCGCCAUGGUUUCCCGGGCCUCGACGAUCGCCGCCGCCAACCAGCCGCAUCUAUUGAGCCCAGAGAUGCAUCAGCCGUCCCUGCCGCUGCCCACUGACACCGCAGAUUUCGCUGUCUCCGACUCUGACCCGCGGCCGCUACUCCAGCUGCCAGAGUUCUACCUGACCACGCCCAGCGCCGUUGGCAUCGCCGACGAGGUUGAGCAGCAGCUCCCCGCCGGGUUCGUGCCCAUGAGCGCCGCGGACCCCCCACACGACUUCGGCGCGACGAAAGCGAAGGGGCCCAGAUACAGCUACGAGGUCGCGCCAAUACCCCCUGGCGUGGUCUAUCCCAAUCCGCCUGGCAGGAGAAGCGCCACGCCUGGGAGGAGCGCUACGCCGCACGGCGCUGCAGAGGUGGCGCUCCUGCCCUCGCCAUCCAGCCCCCGCGGCCGGCGCGGCAGCCUGAGCGGCCAUUUGUCGCUCCUAUCGCUCCCGCUCGCGUUUAUGGCAUCUCCUUCUGCCCGCGCGCUGAGUGAUUAG